UCUCUCUCUCUCUCUCUCUCUCCGAGUGAGUCAUGCAUGUUCAGGGAUCUGCCAGGAUGCGGGGGGAGAGAGAGACAUCUCUUCACUAGAGCUCUGUCUCUCUCUCUCUGCCAUCUCUGGCUCUCUAUCUCUGUAGAGGAGCGACCUCGCGCUGCUUUUCUCUCUCGUCGUCCUCUGUCUCUAUGGAUUCCGCGUUUUGUGGUUUAUUUUUGGUCCCUGAGCUGCUGCUGCCGCUGCCGCACGGCGUCGGAUUUUCCUGACGGCCGCUCGCUCUCUUUCUUCAAACCCUCGAGGACGCUUUCUCAGCUCCAGCAUGCUAAAGAAGUGGACGGUCAGCUGGGAGUUGGAUGUGUCCGUUCGUGUGUAGGCUGGCACACCGAGGGGAAUGCUUCACCGUGCUAAAUACAACCGAUUCCGGAAUGAGUCAGUGACGUCCGUCGAUGAGCUUCUGCACGGUCUCUCCAUGAACGCCAAGGUCUCGGCCGUCCCGCCAUCGCUGCCCGUGGGCGACCCUCCGUAUGCCCCGCCAGCCGAGGUCUUGCCGCCCGACCCCGCCGAAGAGUCCGGCACCUUGUGCACCCUCAUCAACAAAGUCUCCAACCUCAAAUUCGCCAACUCCUCCGGACUGCUGGGCAUCAAGGGCCUGCCGUCCGCCGUCAAGGACCUGGCUGUGUCCAAGCUCCAGGGAGGAGCGUCAGGAGGUGGAUCCGGCAGCCCGGGCUCGUCUGCCCACCCUGCGACCUCUGGAGCGCCUCACGCCCCGCUGGAGCCCGGCUCGGCCAGCUCGGGGAAGAAGGGCAGGAUGGAAGAGUCUCAGCCCGGCGGAGAGGGCUGGGGCCUGGGAGGGACGGGUGCCGCGGGCUGCGGCGGGCUGGUGAAUAAGCCUUCUCGUGGAUGGCUGCACUCCAGCGAAAAGAUUUCCGGGCCUGGAGUGACGUAUGUCGUUAAGUAUUUGGGCUGCAUUGAAGUUCUCCGGUCCAUGAGAUCCCUGGACUUCACCACACGAUCACAAAUCACACGGGAGGCGAUCAGUCUGGUGUGUGAAGCCGUCCCUGGUGCCAAAGGAGCUCUGCGCAAGAGAAAGCCUCCCUCGAAACUCCUCUCCAGUAUUCUGGGCAAGAGUAACCUGCAGUUUGCUGGUAUGAGUAUCAACCUCAACAUCUCCACCAGCAGUUUAAACCUGAUGACACCGGACUCCAAACAGAUAAUAGCCAAUCAUCACAUGCAGUCCAUAUCCUUUGCCUCCGGUGGAGAUCCGGACACGACUGAUUACGUCGCUUAUGUGGCGAAAGAUCCUGUUAACCGGAGAGCAUGUCAUAUUCUGGAGUGCUCUGACGGUCUGGCUCAGGAUGUGAUCAGUACGAUCGGUCAGGCGUUUGACCUGCGCUUUCAGCUCUAUUUGCAGUGUCCGUCCAGCAAACCCUCGUCCAUGCACGACAGGGUUAUGAGUACAGACGAGCCCCCGUGGACGGAGGAAGGAGAGGAGUCCGCCGAUCAUCACUACUACAACAACAUUCCCGGAAAGAUGCCGCCACCAGGAGGAUUCAUUGACUCUAGAUUGACCAAUCAGACGCAAGACAGCAGCCAGGCCGCUGGAGUCGACCAGACGUACUACCAGGGCCGACCCAUGUUCAUCCAACAAGGGUCCUGUGACAUAUACAGUCUCCCUGAGGUCAAAGGUCAAACCCCUAAGGCAGGAGAAGUGCCCACGUAUGUGAACACGCAGCACAUUGACACGCAGGUGUUGGCCGCGCUCCAGGGAGAGUCAGAGACGCUGUCUGAAUCGGGCACGAGCAGGACAGCUAAAGACAGCCCGAGGAAGGACCUCUUUGACAUGAGUAAGAGUUUAGAGGCAAUUCAUUCCUAA